UAAUGAACAUUUAAAAAAAUAAGGAAUAAAACAUUAAAAACAUGAGAUUACCUACUACUUGUCUACCUAUAUUAAACCUCGUUCUUCGCUUUCUAGUAUAAAAGUAGUAUAAUUUUCAUUUUAAAAUAUUUAUAUAGCAAAACUAUAACCAAUACUAGAUAUUAUUCAUGGAAAUUCAAUAAACGCAUAAUAAUAUUGCAGUACCUAUAUAAAAUAUAAUAAUACCUAGUUAAUACAUGAUAAUAUAAUAAGAAAAAUAAAAUAAAAUAUCAAUUUACUUUGAAUUGUUUUUAAUGUCAAAUUAGCACUUUGGUUAUUUGUUUCAAACCAAAUUGUAUCAAAUAAUAGUUUGGCUACAGCUUCAAAAGUUCAAACUAUAAAUGAAUAUGAACCGACAUUAAUAUUAAACCCUUGUACCUACCUAUAUAGGUAGGUACUGAAUUAAUCAAUAAAAUUCGAUCAAUGUUCUACUAUUUCUUCUAGAACAAAAAUAAAUGACUAUCUCUGUCGACAAUACGUAGUUGAAGAAAUAUUACAAGAUAUUACGGACAGUACGUCAUCUGAAGGCCGAUCGAUGUCUCAAGACAGUCACGUGAGGAGUAAAACGUCUGCAAUGCAAACCGAUCAAGGCUCAUCUGCUUACAAUGCAUGGCUGAUUAAAACAAAAUUAUUGAAAAGAAUUUAUGACGAAUACGAUUUAAACGUUAGAAUGCACGAAAAACCCGUUGGAUUCACUCUAAACAAUAAAAAUAAUGAAAGCUUAGGAACACAUGACUACAAUACCAUGAAGAACGUAGAUGACAUAAAAGAUUUGAAAGAAGUUCAUCACUCAAACGAAGGUUUAGAUUCAUUUGCUAGCCCCAAUGAUACAGUCACUGUGGAUUUCGCACCAAGUCAAUCUAUACAGUACGAUAUUGAUAAUGAAAAAGAGUACAAACGACCAAAUCAACCGCACCAUGGCUCCGCUGCUUUCAACCCUACACAAUCUACUCAAAUACCUCAGUCAACACACGAACCAUAUUUUCCACAAUCAUCACAUGAACCACCAUCACUUCCAACUUACUAUGAACCUCCACUAUUGUCGAAUCAAAAACCUUCAUACCCGUCUGAUUAUGGAAUGCCAUCAUUGCAGACGUCAUAUGGACAACCACCACCAUCACACGAACAACCUCCGUCAUCGUAUGGACCACCUUCGUCGUCAUACGGUCAUUCUUUUAUGCCUACUUCAAAUUACCAUCCAUCAAAUUAUCCACGUCCUGGAUUGUCUCCGCCAAAUAAAAAUACAGGUCACGAUCUUCCGACCCGAGAUAUCGAAACAUUAAGUCAAUCGGAUAACGGUGUACAUAAUUCUGAUAGAGAACCAUUAUUUAUACGAGGACUUACUGCAACAGAUAUGUACGAUCUUACUUUAACAGCCAUUGCAUUCUUGGGGUUCGGUACAUUUGUCAUGAAUCUAGUCAUGGACGCCAUGGCGAUGCAAUCGGGAGCAACGCUAACGCUAAACUCAUCGCCAUUACAUCACGGCGCCACUGUGUCUAGAGUCAGAAGACAUAAUAACCACAAUAACCUCAUAAUUUGGGAAAUAAACGAGUUGUCGUGGACCAUAGUAUCGACGAUGGACAGUAUGAUGGCAAACGUGGACGGGACCUCUGUGAAUUGUGAAGAAGUCAAAACAUUGUGCCAAAGAUCCAAAAGACUAGUAAAAACCGGUAUAAACUUCAGUUCAAAAUUAUUGCCUGUUUGGAAUGUUUCUUUAGGAUGGCUUUCGAAGAAAUUAGGUACAGAUAAAAGCCAGCCAGUGAUAUCUGCAUUAUUAGGUCAUUGUAUUUUGCCUUCACAAUGUCAAUAAAAUUUAUGAUUUUAUCAUCUAAGUGAACAUGACAAUAAAUAAAUACAUAUUAUACCUAUUAA